AUUCAAUAGAGCAGCGGUCUCCACUCUGUGGAGCUGGUGUUGCAGAACUACAACUCCCAGCAUGCUCGGACAGUCGUUGGCUGGGCAUGCUCUGGGAGUUGUAGUUUUGCACCACCUCUGGAGGUCCACCUAUUGGAGACCACUGCUAUAAAACAGGGGAUGAUUUUUCUUUCCUAUUGUAUUCUUCACUUACUGCCCACUUUAUUAGGUCCCUGUAGAUGAUACUGAGGAUGUGUCACUGGAUAUUGGAAAUGAAGAAGAAUUUGCACUAAGGAAAGCGAAAAUCAGCUCCUGUUUCAGCACCUCCUGGUCACUGCCUGUUGCUACUUUUGAGACAAGUCUUCUCAGCAGGAACUGCCCUCUUAGCUAUUUGCCCCAGCGGUGUCCUGUUCCAAUCACUUAUGAGCAGACAGGUCCUGCCAAGACUACUAGGAAAUUGCAUCAGGCAUCCCCUGGCUACGUUUUUUCACCUAUUUUUUCGAAUUGGUGCUAUUGUUGCUUAUUUGUUCUGUGACUGGUUCAGCAAAAGCUUUGUCACGUGUUUUGUCACUAUCCUGCUUCUUCUUUCCUUUGACUUUUGGUCUGUGAAGAAUGUUACUGGUCGACUAUUGGUUGGAUUACGCUGGUGGAACCAAAUUGAUGAAGAUGGAAGAAGUCAUUGGAUUUUUGAAGCUAAAAAGGUUCCAAGCAAUAAUUCAAUAUCAACAGAAGUUGAAGCUCGAAUCUUCUGGCUGGGUUUGAUCAUUUGCCCCAUGAUCUGGACAGUGUUUUUCUUCAGUACAUUAUUUUCUUUAAAGUUAAAAUGGCUGGCCUUGGUGAUAGCUGGCAUCUCCCUCCAGUCAGCAAAUCUUUAUGGAUAUAUUCAUUGUAAAACAGGAGGUCAGCAAAACGCAGGGAGGACAGCCUCACGAUUCCUAUCUCAGCAACUCUUUCAACGGACUCUAUGAAAUAAAAGAAGACAAAUUCUCUGAUAAUAUUUAGUUUACCAUCAGUGGGACACGAGAUGAAAUCAAUUUUAGUGCCUUAUAAUGGUUCACUUCUUAUUUAUGUUCCUAUUUAUUUGCACAUUGUUAAAGAGAAUCCGACAGCUUGUUCACCCGCACUAAACCCUAUACACAGGGUUAUAGUGUGAAAAGGAUGUUUUACUCACCCCGGUUGGUGGUGCCGUUAGUGAGAUAGAUCCCCCGUUGCUAAUAUACAAAUGAGCACUUUCGUGCAAUUGAGGCGGGAGCCGUCAGGAAUAGAGGAGAAGAGGGGACAAAGGCUCCCAUCUCCAUUGCAUGAAAGAGCUCAUUUGCAUAUUAGCAAUGGGGGCGAAUGUCCCUAUUGACCCACUUGUGUGCAGCCCAUUCUAUUGACAUCAGUGGGAGCCCUGGAAAGUAAGAAGCUUGUAAUACUGAUGUCAUUCAUUACCUUUAAAGUUCCAAUAAAUGUACCAUUAAAUAUGUAAUCCACCCAAAUAAAAAGAACACCAAACAAUACCGUA